CCCGGCCCCCCUGGGCGACGGCGGGCGCGGUCGCGGCCGGUGAUGAUGGCCGAGGACUCGCCGAAGAGGCGCAAGGCCAAUUUCAACGAGGCGGAGACGGAGGUGCUGAUCGAGCAGGUGCUGAAGCACGAGCAGCUGCUGUUCGCCGCCGGGCCGGGCCGCGCAUCGCCGGGCCAGAAGCGGAAGGUGUGGGAGCUGAUCCGGCACAAGGUGAACCCGGUGGCCGCCUGCCCCCGCGACGUUGAGGACCUGAAGAAGCGCUGGCGGGACCUGAAGCGCCGCGACCGCAGCAAGCUGUGCCGCCUGUCGCAGGGCUGCGGGCCGCCGGGCCCCGCCGCCGCGCUCGGCCUUGGCCUCCUGCUGGCCCCCGAGGAGAUGCCGCCCGCCGCCGCCGUGCCGCCCGGCCGCCACCACCACCACCUCCACCGCCUCCACCACCACCACCACCACCGCGCCUACGGCUCCCUGCUGCCCGCCGAGGCCGUGCCCAUCGUGGGCGGCAUCGACACGCUGGAGCUGCCCGGCGCCGCCGUGGGGGAGAUGGGAUUUAACGAUGAUCCUGGCCCAUCUCAUCAACCUGGUCUUGAGAAGAUGAACCUGAAAGAAGAAAUAGUAGUGAAAGUGGUAGAGCCAGAAGAAAGCUCUGAGGACAUGGCAGUGGUUCCGCCUAGCCAAGAACAACUACCUUUUCUGGGGACAUCGGGUGGUGGUUCCUCUGGGAAAGUAAAAGCCAAAACAAAAGCCAGGCCCCAGGCAGACCAAAAUGAAAUAACUGAAGCGGACCUAGUGCAGAUUCAGCAGACCCAGAUGCAGGUGAUCCAGUCUGGCUUUGACAAUGUCAACCACAAUCUUCGGCUGCUGCAGCAAGGUAUGCAAGAUCUGAGCAACAGCCUCAGCAUCAUGGCGCAGACACUUGUUGCUAUCAAAAACGUGUAUGUGAAAAACAACACUGGCCCGACCACGUACGCCACCGCCUCUACUCAGACCGCAGCCGGGUACCUGAGUCCGGGCUCUCCCCAGGUCUCCCCCACUGAGGACAGAGGCAGAGCACAAGUGGCGGGAAGCAGCAGCAGAAGCAGCAGCUGCAGUUCCAGUUCCAUGUCACAAGAACCAGGUCCUUCGGAGUUUCCUAGGCCCACCCUGAGAACCAUUAAGAAAGAACAUCCAAAUGGCUGCUACUACUUCUGCUUUGCAGACGUGUAAAAACUUGAAUAUAUGUACAGUGACUGUGGUGUUAGGUGCUGUUGUAUGUUCUACUCCAGCCUGUGACUUUGAAGGAGCAAAAUGGACUUGCCUCCCACAUUUUUCCCAGUGGGAAAUAUUUCAUUAUAGGUGGCAUUAAACACUAAUUACCAAUCUCCUGUUUGUUAACUGUUGCAGUUGGCUAAUGUUUUUCUUCUGUACUCAUUAUCCUCUUACCCUCUUAAAAACAAACAAAAACACAGAUUUAUUUUGACUAAGACUCUUGUCUGUAUUAUCCUUUGUUUAACGUGACCUUUUGGGAAAAUAAAAGGCGUGAGAGUGGGGUGAAAAAGUAACAUUAAGGUUACUGACCAGCAGGAGCUGUCUUACACCACUCGCUUAGUUUUUUUAUUAAACAAAUGCCAAAAGUAACUAAUGUUUUAAAGUAGCUGCUUUUUCUAACAAUUAGAAUGUUGAGGCUGUUUGCUUGGUUAUGUUUUUCUGUUUGGUUGGUUUUGUUUUGUUUGUGUUUUUGUUUUGUUAUGUCUGAGCUGUGUGAGGCAUCAGGAAGGGUUUGGCAUACCUGCUUUCUCUGGGAAUAGUUUAGGAUUGGGCUGUUGAUUCGUGAAUGUAAUUCCCACAAUUCAUACAGCUUUGCUCCACCUGGCUAUUGUUCAUUCCCAGCUUGUCAAAUGCACCUUCUCAGAGGCAUUUUGCCUUACUUCACUAGCAGAGUAGGCUCUCUCUUGUCACAUGAUUAAAAUAGAUAAAUACAGCAAAACCGAUAA